CCCUAUUGGUCCGGCCCUGCCGCCAUAUUGUCGCCGGAGGAAGCGGCAGCGGAGGAGGCGGUGGCGGCCCGAGCUGCGGCCCGCGCGACGGAGGAGGCAGACAUGGAAACCAUGGCGAGCCCAGCAAAGGAGAACAACUACAGAAUGAAGAGUUAUAAGAACAAGGCGCUGAACCCGGAGGAGAUGCGCCGGAGGAGAGAAGAGGAGGGAAUCCAGUUACGAAAACAGAAACGGGAGCAGCAGCUCUUUAAAAGACGAAAUGUGGAACUAAUAAAUGAAGAUGCUGCUAUGUUCGACAGUCCCCUUGCAGACGCCUUUGUCAGCUCCACCACGGGUGGGGAGGGAGUGAUCACAAGAGAAAUGGUGGAGAUGCUUUUCUCUGAAGACCCUGACCUUCAGCUAGUAACCACCCAGAGGUUCAGAAAGCUACUGUCAAAAGAGCCCAAUCCUCCAAUAGAUGAAGUGAUAAGCACUCAGGGAGUGGUAGACAGGUUUGUUGAAUUUCUCAAGAAAAGUGAGAACAGCACAUUACAGUUUGAAGCUGCCUGGGCAUUAACUAACAUUGCCUCAGGCACGUCACUGCAAACCAAAAUAGUCAUUGAGGCCGGCGCCGUUCCUAUCUUCAUCGAGUUGUUGAGCGCUGAUUUUGAAGAUGUCCAGGAGCAGGCUGUUUGGGCGUUGGGAAACAUUGCUGGAGACAGCUCUGCCUGCCGCGACUAUGUCCUCAACUGUGGCAUCCUUCCUCCACUGUUGCUGCUUCUCACAAAAUCUACCAGGCUGACAAUGACACGAAAUGCUGUCUGGGCCUUGUCGAACCUGUGCAGAGGGAAGAACCCUCCCCCUGAGUUUGAGAAGGUAUCCUCCUGUUUGCCGGUUUUGUCCCGCUUGCUCUUUAGCAGCGACUCCGACUUGCUGGCAGAUGCAUGCUGGGCCCUCUCCUAUCUUUCAGACGGCCCUAAUGAGAAAAUCCAGGCUGUAAUAGAUUCUGGCGUGUGCCGGCGGUUGGUGGAAUUGCUGAUGCACAGUGACUACAAAGUGGCUUCCCCAGCUUUGCGAGCGGUUGGCAACAUAGUGACCGGGGACGACAUACAGACCCAGGUGAUCCUGAAUUGCUCAGCUUUGCCGUGUCUGCUCCACUUGCUCAGCAGCCCCAAAGAGUCUAUCCGGAAAGAGGCGUGUUGGACGAUCUCCAACGUCACGGCAGGGAACAGAGCUCAGAUACAGGCAGUCAUAGACGCCAACAUUUUCCCAGUCCUGAUCGAAAUUCUACAGAAGGCUGAAUUCCGCACGAGGAAAGAAGCCGCCUGGGCCAUCACCAACGCAACGUCUGGAGGAACUCCGGAGCAGAUCAAGUACCUGGUAAACCUGGGCUGCAUCAAGCCCCUGUGCGACCUCCUGACCGUCAUGGACUCCAAGAUUGUCCAAGUGGCCCUGAAUGGCCUGGAGAAUAUUCUGCGACUCGGGGAACAGGAGGCCAAGCAGAGCGGCACCGGCAUCAACCCUUACUGCAGCCUCAUUGAGGAAGCCUACGGCUUGGAUAAAAUUGAGUUUCUCCAGAGUCACGAGAACCAGGAGAUCUACCAGAAGGCCUUUGACCUGAUUGAGCACUACUUCGGCAUCGAGGACGAUGAUGCCACUUUGGCCCCCCAAGUCGACGAGGCCCAGCAGCAGUUCAUCUUCCAGCAGCCCGAGGCCCCCAUGGAAGGCUUCCAGCUAUAACGCCCGGAUGGAGGCGGAUGAAGGGGGAGAGACCACCAGGACAUCCAUCCACGGAGGAAACCCUCUUUGCCUCUGGCCCUGUCCUCUCCUCUGCCAGAAGCAGAAGGUGGCAGCACCCUCGCACCUGUUGAAAAACAGCUUUCCCUUCACCGACACAUGGCAGCUGUGCUUCGCUCUCAUGAAGAGGAGAUCAUCCUUAGUACACUUUCCCCCCCUUUGGCUGCUGCUUUUGGGGGGGAAAAGAAGAAGAAGCAGCUGGUGGAUGGAUGAGGGGUGUGAAUCCGUGACACCUUCUUGUGUGUGUGGAUUUUCCUCCAGGUUUUCUUUUCUUUCCUUUAUUUUUCCUUUGUGGUGUGGUUUGUUUUCUCUCUCCUCUUAAAACAUUGACUCUUCACUAAGGUACUGGAGAGAGGAAGGCUUCUUCAGAGGAAGGAAGCCAAAGAAAAAAAUAAAAUAACAUAAAUCGUAACCAAGGAAACUAAUCUUGGACGCUUGGAUUCAACUAUUUAAAAGAUUACUAUUUUUGUUUUGGUUUUGCACAUAUUAAUUUGUAUUAAAGACUCUAUCCUCUGCCAAAAGCACCACUUUGGCCCACUGUUUAUUAUUUUGAUUUUUUUUGGUCUUUUGGAGCCCCCUCUCUUGCCAAAACAAGGAUUUUGGGGUAAAGUUCCUUGCUGCUUUUUUGUCCUCUCCUCCGAGAAAGAGAAUUUUCCCCAUAAACAGACUGCAAGGGAGGAAAAGAAAUUGGACCAUGCCUUGAGGAAGAAGAAGAGCCUUCGUGUGUUUGUGCAUUUGCAUUUGGGGGGAUCCUUUUUCUUUUUGUUGCGGCUGAUCUCCUUGGGAGCCAAGGCUUCCAAAUUACUCUCCCAAAGGGAUCUGUAAGGCAUUGAAGGCACAUGAAAAUGAUUCAAAGCACAGCUCCCACUCCAGGAGGACUUUCCUUACAUUUGCUACUGACUUGGACUGAUUGGGAAAGAAAAGAGAGGAAGGAAAAUCAAAGUCCCCAUCUUUUGUCUUUACUUGAAGAAAAACCCCAGAGCCUUUCGAUUCAUGUUGUUUCAUUUGGGAUCCCCCCCUCCCCCUUUCUUUGCAGGGACAAACCUCAAAUCUCAAAACAAGGGGUCGGAACCGGCCUGUUUUUUCUCGGGAUGACCUCCUGCUCGCAUUCUGUAUCGUGUACAUUUUCCUUCAAAAUGAAGAAAGUCAAAGCUCUGUAUUUUUUAUAUAUUAUAUAUACACACAUGUUAGAUAUUUGUCUAAUUCGGUCUCCGGAGGGGGAGAGAAACUGCUCCUUCUCAUGAGAUCCUGUGUGGAAGCAGGCCUUGCCUAGGAAUAUGGCUCUGGCAAAAAGAAAAAAGAAACUUUUAUUUCUUUUGUGUUCCUGUCUUUGCCUACUCUGUGAGCCCCCAAAUAUGUUUGAUUUCCUUCAACCUGGUUGCAAUUGCUGGUCUGACUCGAGCAGAAAGCAGGAGAAUCUUUGAGUGAUGAUAGAUUUGGGAUAAUUAUAUAUAUUUGGGAUGGGGACGAUCCCUUUGGUUGUCUUCAUGUUUUUUCCUUGCGCUCCAAAGGUUGAAACCUGGGCUCCUGAAACCUUCAAGAACAGAUCUGAUAAUACAAGGUGAUGCGUGGCGCUAGAUCAUCAUAAGCCUCGGGCUGUAUUUUGUAAUAGAGAGAGAUGCUUUUCAUUGUUUAAGAAGAAAUGAAAUAGAAAAAAAACAAACACCAAGGAAAUUUAAUAAACGACAUCUCUGCAUUCGGUGACUGCAAUCCCAA